UUUUCAACCAACAGCAAUCGAAAUGGCGACACGGAAUGAAAAAUUGCCCACCCUCCCGGAGAGCGUCCUAAAGAAACGUAAGGCUCUAGAAAAGUUACGAGCUGAAAAGGAAAAACUGAAAAUUGAUACCCGAAAGGCCAAUAAAAACAAGAGAAGGGUAAUUUUUAAAAGAGCUGAACAGUAUGUAAAAGAAUAUCGUCUAAAAGAACGCGAUGAAAUUCGUCUGAAGCGAGAAGCAAGGAAAGAAAACAACUAUUACCUGCCUGCUGAAGCCAAGCUAGCUUUCGUCGUUAGAAUUCGAGGUAUCAACGGCGUAAGCCCGAAGGUUCGCAAAAUUCUUCGCUUGCUCCGAUUACGUCAAAUCCAUAACGGUGUUUUCGUAAAACUGAACAAGGCUACUAUCAAUAUGUUGAAACUUGUCGACCCAUAUAUUGCAUGGGGUUACCCAAAUUUGAAGAGCGUUCGAGAAUUGAUUUAUAAGCGUGGCUUUGGAAAAGUUGAUAAGAAAAGAAUAGCUUUAUCAGAUAAUGCAAUCAUUGAAAAUAGCCUUGGAAAAUCUGGAAUUAUCUGUAUGGAAGACCUUAUACAUGAGAUCUUUACUGUUGGUCCCAAUUUUAAACAAGCAAAUAACUUUUUAUGGCCCUUCAAGUUGUCGUCUCCACAUGGUGGUAUGCAGAAGAAAGGUAAUCACUUCAUUGAAGGAGGUGAUUAUGGAAAUCGGGAAGAAUAUAUCAAUCAGCUGAUAAGAAAAAUGAAUUAGAUUUCUUGUAUGUUAUAUCUGUUAAUUGUUUUCGUAAAGCUAUCCGAAAUAAAACGCCUAAAGUUUG